AUGAAUAAUCAUAAGUACUCCUGGCAAAGCCAGCCAAUGCUUGAGGGGAUGGCAGCUGGAAAUUUGUUGCUGUCAUCAUCUAUUUUGCUCAGUGGCUCUACCUUUACAAAAGUAGCAUCUUUGGCAGAUAUCUUAAAUUUGAAAAUUUUCAGGGAGAAAACAUUUUUUAAUAUUCAAAACAAGUACUUAUUACCCGUAAUCAAUGAGUUCUGGCUUAAAGAACAAAAUUCCACUUUUUCUGAGCUAGGGGGGCGAGAUCUGUGGCUUUCAGGGGAUGGGCGUUGUGACAGUCUUGGCCAUAAUGCAAAAUAUGGGACACACACCAUGAUUGAUCAGAAAACUGAUAAGAUUGUUGACUUCAAGGUUGUUCAGGUCAGUGAAGUAAAUGAUAGCAAUGCCAUGGAAAGAGAGGGUUUUAAACGCUGUAUGGAAAACAUCUAUGAAAAAAGGAGGAAAAUUAUGGUUGUUGCAACUGACCGUCAUGUGGGCAUUAGGGCUGACCUGAAAAGAAAUUUCCCUGAAAUUGAUCAUCAAUUUGAUGUGUGGCACCUUUCCAAGAGCAUAACUAAAAAGUUAACUGAAAAAGCAAACAAGAAUGAAUGUGCUGAUCUCUCUCUCUGGAUCAGAUCCAUCUCAAACCAUCUUUUGUGGUGUGCCAAAACAUGUGGGGGAGACAUGGAGAUGUUGAGAGAGAAGUGGAUAUCCAUUGUCUAUCACACUGCCAAUAUCCACUCCUGAGAUUCAGCUGACCUGUAUGAGGAAUGUUCCCACCAACCAAUCCCUCCGGCUAUCGCCAGAACUAAAAGGUGGCUUAGGCCAGGCUCCUCUGCUCAUAAUGCAUUGAAGGAGGUUGUAUUUGCUAAAAAUCUGUUGAAGGACAUUCAGCAACUAACACUAUGCUGUCAUACUGGCAAUUUAUAG